UGUUGUUGAUGUUUCUACUGCUAUCCGUGUUUCCCGGCCGUCCGCCUCCUCCAACGUGUGUCGUCUCGAACUUCGAUAGACCUUUCUCGCAAGGUGUUUAUUUGUCGGCUCCAUUGAAUUUGUGUUCUGAGCAGUGUCUAUCGAGAUCGUAUCGCUGCUGAAAACUUCAACCACGCGAGCAACGAAUCCGCCUGAGAAUGGCGAACCGUCUUGAUGAGCUCUACGGCUUCUACGAUGAGCUCGUGGAAGCAGAAAAAGAGGGAAAAUUGUUGGAAAAAACGAGUGUGUAUGAGAAAAUCAUCUCCCGAGCUCUCACCGGGGACUCAAAGGAGAAACGCUUGGUGUCACAGUUCAUCGCGAAAUUCUUCAAGCAUUUCCCCGAACUUGAGAUUCGAGCCGUUGAAGCGCAAAUCGAACUCUGCGACGAUGCCGAUAUAAACGUCCGCAAACAAGCUAUUCACGAUUUACCUUCUUUCUGCGCCAGAGGCCACGACGACCCCUACAUAUCGAGAAUCGCGAUUGUCCUAUGUCAGCUGCUGAUAGUCGAAGAAAAAGGAGAGUUGGCUAUCGUUGAGAAAUCUCUCAACACUCUCCUGCGGCAAUCCGUCCAUGCGACGGUGAAAGGGGUCUUCGGACAAAUGACUUCGUCCGUUUGCGACGACAGCAUGAGAGAUGCCUGUAUCCGCUUCCUUUGUAGUAAAGUCAACCUCAAAGUGCUCGAAAAGGAAACCGAGCAAAUGAUGCUGGAGGAAGCCGUGAAGGUAGCUACUCUACUCGGCGGGGAAGAAUUCGUCCUCCUCCUAAAGCUUCUAUCUGCACUCAAGAUCUCCAAACUUGUCGUGAACCAACAAGUUAUCCUGAAGAUGAUCGCCGAUCAGCUCCAACUUUCCUCCAAUCCAGCUUUCGACGCAGAACACAUCGUCAAACUGAAGACGUGUCUCCCCUUGGCGAUACCGUUCUUCACCCCUUUCACUCCGUCACAACCUUACGUGACACACCUCGUGGACGGGUUUCUGCCGAAGAUGGACGUACAGUCACCCGAUAGUCUUGAUCUUCUGAAAAUUUUGGCUCAAAUAUCUCCGCAUUACCGGCACCUAACUGAUGAAGACAACGCUGACCUGAAGCUUGAGUUCGAAAGCGUACUCAAGAGCCUGUUCGAACGCAUACAAGAGUUUUUGCCCCAAGUUCCGGCCGACGACGAUCUUGAAAAAGAUCCGGAACUUCCGUCGCUGCACCUCAGCCAUCUGGAGUGCUUGCUCCUUGCAUUCAAUAAUAUCGCCCGCAAAGUGGAUCCAGCCUUCACCAAAGACGAAGCCCUCCUGAAAAGUAUUCGCCAGCGUCUCCAAUACUUGAACCGAGGCCUUCAGGGCGAGGCCAAGAAACUGAGAGGGCUCAUCUCUCAAGGCGUGAAAAUUGAUGCGGACAAACGGGCCGCCAUGCAGCUCGCUCUGAAAACCAUCGCGAAUUUAACCGCAUUCAUCAAAGAUUGGUUCCAUAAUCCUCCCGCUUUCAAAACGACUGUCGCCCCGUCCUGGCUCCAGAACGAAUCGGCGAAAAAACCGUCUGCGAGUGCGCAAGCCAACGGAUCUAACCAAGAGAACAAGCGGAAAGCCAUCGUUUUUGAAAACAAUGAUGCCCCGGCGAAAAAAUUCGGUCGCGACAGCCGCAAACUAUAUGAGCCUCCGAAAGGGAAUUCCGGCAGGGGUCGUUUCAGGUCUGGGAGGUGGUGAUCGACAUGUGAGUCAGAAUGUAAUCGGUCUGAUGACGAGGUCCGCGGUAAUCUAAGCCAACGUCAAGGAGCACGUUGGUUCGGUAAGUAUAAGGGGAGCGUCGAUUCCUCUGAUAAGUCCAAGGUCUAGGCUUCGACCCGCUCCGUGGUGUCCGAUACCAUUUAUUUAUCUUCCGGCAGUUUUAGUUUCAUGACCAGCGUUGAUGGUGCGGCCCCUGUAAAGUUCUGCCGCUCUCGAGUCCUUCCGCUGGGUUUUUCGAAAUUUCUCGAGUUCCGAGAGUCGUGAAUGCUCCAAGUCUUCACCAGUCCGAUACCCUCCGGUCGGUCCCCGAAGUUUCUCAUCCCAUAUUUAUGCUUGAAUUAACUCUCAUCUAUCCAACACUCGAUGCUCUAACCGCCCGAUAUUCGAGUCUUUGAAACUUGAGUCUUGUUGUGUUUCCACCCACCCCGGCUCAGCUCCAUCACUUCCUAUCCGCCUACAUUCAUAGAUUUGAGCUUUAGAGGGAAUAUCGUUCUCGAUGAAUCGCCCCGCUCCCGUUCCCCUCGAGAAGUGGCCACCAUGAGGACCCAAAUUUUUCGUACAGGAAAUUCGUACUCGUCGGAAUGGAGCGCUUUUGCGCUUUUCUGUCCCUCAUUGAGUACAAUGCAGGUGUUUGUUCGGGGAACAUGUCGGUCGAGCGCGAGACAUCCAUUGUAAAAGUUCAUGUCUAUCCUGUCGAUCGUUACGAGCUCGGACUGUCGCACCAUGUACAUUUCGGCAAUGUACCUUUCAAGUCGAAACGCAGCUGCCCGUGACCGUUCGGGGACUCAUCGGUCUGGAGCUGCUACUACGUCCCCGGUGUCUCCGGGAGAACUCGCACUCCUUCGACGUGAACAUCAGAGGCUUCUCACAACUGUAUCAGAUUCCAAGAUCCUCGUGCUCCAGACAGGUUGUCUUUGCUCUCCAAAUCUUUCCGAUCCGCAGCCGAUAGAUAUGCCGAAAUGAAAUAAACUUAUUCCUGCAGUAUGCUGAGUGAAA